AGGAUGCUUCAUUGAUGGACAUGAAUUCCUUCAGCCCUUUGAUGCCCACAUCCCCUUUAUCAAUGAUAAACCAAAUCAGAUUUGAAGACGAGCCGGAUUUAAAGGAUCUCCUCAUUACAGUUGAUGAGCCUGAAAGCCAUGUGACCACAAUCGAAACGUUCAUAACUUACAGGAUUGUGACUAAGACAUCUCGUGGUGAAUUUGAUGCUAGUGAAUUUGAAGUUAGACGACGCUACCAAGAUUUCCUGUGGCUGAAGGGAAAACUUGAAGAAGCGCACCCCACUCUGAUUAUUCCUCCAUUGCCAGAAAAGUUUAUAGUAAAAGGGAUGGUGGAACGCUUCAAUGAUGACUUCAUUGAGACCCGGAGGAAGGCAUUGCAUAAAUUUUUAAAUCGGAUUGCUGAUCAUCCAACUUUAACAUUUAAUGAAGACUUUAAAGUUUUUCUUACUGCACAAGCCUGGGAACUCUCGUCUCACAAGAAACAGGGGCCUGGAUUGCUCAGCCGGAUGGGACAGACUGCCCGAGCUGUUGCAUCCUCCCUGAGAGGAGUCAAGAACCGCCCCGAGGAGUUCAUGGAUAUGAAUAACUUCAUUGAAACAUUUAGCCAGAAAAUAAAUUUGAUAGAUAAAAUAUCACAGAGAAUUUACAAGGAAGAAAGAGACUAUUUUGAGGAAAUGAAAGAAUAUGGGCCAAUUCAUAUUCUGUGGUCUGCAUCCGAAGAGGAUCUGGUUGACAGCCUAAAAGGCAUUGCUAGCUGCAUCGACAAGUGCUGUAAGGCCACUGAAAAACGGAUGUUUGGACUCUCGGAGACUCUGCUGCCUGUCGUGCAUGAGUAUGUACUUUAUAGCGAAAUGUUAAUGGGUGUUAUGAAAAGGAGAGAUCAAAUACAAGCAGAAUUGGAUUCCAAAGUUGAAGCUUUGACCUACAAAAAGGCAGAUACAGAUCUGCUUACAGAAGAGAUUGGGAAACUUGAAGAUAAGGUGGAAUGUGCUAAUAAUGCCAUGAAAGCAGAUUGGGAAAGAUGGAAACAAAAUAUGCAGAAUGAUAUCAAGUCCGCAUUUACAGAUAUGGCUGAGGAGAAUAUCAGCUAUUAUGAACAGUGCCUUGCUACCUGGGAAUCUUUCCUUACAUCACAAACCGACCUCCACUUGGAAGAAACCUCUGAAGAGAAAUCUUAAUCCCCUUGAGGACUUCUGUGUGAUCCCUGUGAGACCGCAUCUGUCAACCAAAGUUAUUCUUUCUAGAUGGGCUGUAACUUCAAUAAUGUGGAUGGAAAAUGGUUUUACACUUUGGAAAAUCAACAACUUGAAAACAGGUUAUUUCCAGAUUAUUGACAAGAAGUUGAAUGUGGAGUGUGUGUGUGUAUGCAAACAUAUACAGACAUACAUGCCUACAUAUAUAUACAUGUAUACAUUUUUAGAAGAGGGCUUCUAAAAAUUCAUGGAAAAUGAAAUGAAAAGAAAACAAAUGGAUUUUAAUGAACUUUUUGAAGUCCUCAUCUAUAUUUUACUUAAUUUGAAUUAUGUUCUUAAAUCUGUGUGCCAAUAAUUACAUAUGGAAAUAAUUGCUCUUGCCUGUAGGACAUGCCAUUUUAAAUAUGUUGUAAAAUAACUGUUUUAAUAAAAAAUAAACUUUAAUAC